GUGGUAAACAGCAAGGAUGGAGGACCUUAUGCUGUCAGAACCCUAUUGGGAUGGGUUAUUAAUGGACCACUAAGAGGAGGCAAUGAGACUGGAAGUAGCUACCCUACCAGUACAGUCAAUCGAAUAUCUAUUGCUAACAUAGAGGAACUGUUGGUGAAGCAAUAUAACCAUGACUUUAAUGAGAAAUUAACAGAGGAAAAGCCAGAAAUGUCUAGAGAAGAUGUCAAGUUUAUGGAGAUCAUGAACAGUUCAGUUGAACUCUGCAAUGGUCAUUACUGCAUGAGAUUACCUUUCAGGGAGGAAAAUGUUAUCAUGCCCAACAACCGUCAUGUUGCUGAACAAAGGGCCCUCUGUUUGAAAAGGAAAUUAAUGAAAAAUGCUACCUUUAAAGAAGAAUAUACUCACUUUGUGAGUGAUGUCAUAAAUAAAGGAUAUGCAGAAAAGGUGCCAGAAAAUCAAAGGAAAGGAAAAGAAGGAAAAGUCUGGUACGUCCCGCAUCAUGGCGUGUACCAUGCAAAAAAGGGAACGUUGCGGGUAGUAUUUGACUGUGGUGCAAGCUUUAAGGGGAUGUCGCUCAACAGUCAGCUACUUCAGGGACCUGAUUUGACAAAUUCAUUGCUUGGAGUUCUGAUUAGGUUUCGUCAAGAAGUUGUAGCAGUGAUGGCUGAUAUACAGGCGAUGUAUCAUCAAGUUAAAGUGACAAAACAGGAUGUUGAUUUUCUUCGCUUCCUGUGGUGGCCAACUGGCGAAUUAACACAACAUCUUACUGAAUAUAGAAUGAUUGUUCAUCUGUUCGGUGCAAUAUCAUCACCCAGCUGUGCCAGUUUUGCCCUAAGAAAAACCGCUGAGGACAACAGGGCAAAGUUUCCAGUACACGUGACGGACACGAUCAAGCACAAUUUCUAUGUGGAUGACUGCUUGAAGUCCCUACCUUCAGAAGCAGAGGCCAUAGCCCUGGUAAGAGAUCUGACAACUGUAUGCCAGUCAGGGGGGUUUCGGCUGGUGAAAUGGAUUAGCAACAGCAGGUCAGUGUUGGAAUCUAUUGAUGUGGAAAAAAGAGCUAAAGAAGUGAAACAAUUGAAUCUCGACAGAGAUAAUCUCCCUGUCGAGAGAACACUUGGACUGCAAUGGUGUGCAGAAACUGACACCUUUAGGUUCAAAAUGGCAGUCCAGGAAAGACCACUGACAAGACGAGGUAUCUUGUCUGUAAUAAGCUCCGUGUACGAUCCCAUUGGAUUUUUAGCACCCUUUGCUUUACCUGCCAAGUUGAUGCUGCAAAAUCUCUGUAGGUUGAACUGUGGUUGGGAUGAUCACAUUUCCCCAAACUGCCAACUACAGUGGGUAGGGUGGCUAGAAGAUUUAAGAAAGCUUAGUACAUUUAGCAUACCAAGAUGCAUUAAGCCAAAAGAUUUUGGACCGCUUACCAGUGCCCCAUUACAUCACUUCUCUGAUGCCAGCGAGGACGGAUAUGGUACAGUAUCAUACCUGAGGAUGCAGAAUGACAAGAAGAAAAUUCAUCUUGCCUUUAUUCUAGGAAAAGCAAGAGUUGCUCCAUUAAAGAAAGUGACAAUCCCAAGGAUGGAGCUAACUGCUGCUGUGCUUGCAGUUCGAAUUGAUAGGAUGUUGAAAACAGAAUUGCAGCUGGAGUUGGAGAAUUCUACUUUUUGGAGCGACAGCACAACUGUACUGAAGUACAUUAGGAAUGAAACAAAGCGUUGUCAUACCUUUGUGGCCAAUAGGAUCUCAACAAUAAGAGAAACCACUGCUGUUUCACAGUGGAGGUAUGUUGAUACAAAGCAGAAUCCUGCUGAUGAGGCUUCACGUGGGGUAAAAAUUGAGUACCUGCUCACAGGAAAUAAAGUUGAUACCCAUGUAGUGGAGUUGGAGGAUUUAGAUGAGAGCAGAUCUGAGAAAGAAGGUAAUGGCGUAGACAUGUGGCAACAAAUAGAAGAGGAAACGGCCAGUAAAGCCUCCAGAGCAGAAUCAGAUCCUGAUUUAUCGUCAAAUAGUGAAAUCGACGACACUGUCUUGAAUGAGGACUAUACACCUGAGAAAGAUGACAGCCCAGAUAAUGGUAGUGAUACAGACACAGCUCAAGGAGCUGUCAGUGAAGGAGAUGCAGGAGAUGUACUUGAAACUUCUGCCGUUCAACGUCAUAGGCGCCCAAGGCCAGAUAUGUGGACGAGAGAGCUGAUAAAGGAGAAGCGUCUUAAGGGGGAGAAUUAG